AUGACCGAGGAUAUAAAUGUAACUUUUAUUAUACCGAAGGAUUGCGAGAGUGAAAAUGAAUGUUCAGAAGAAAUGCAACUUGCUUUCGUUACAUGUGAGCAGCACUGCGGUGGUGGUCUUCAAGCAAAAUGGGUUCAUGAAGCUGAAUGGAAACAAUUUGAAGGCCUUACAAAAAGAGAUGUGUUUGUUCUAGCCGAAUUUGAAGGUGAUCUUUAUGAAAAAUUGCACAGGACCAAGUGUUUAUUGGUGGGUCCCCGGUGCUUAUCAUGCUGUUUAACAGAAGGCACUCCGAUACCAUCUGGUCCAGAGCCAGUAUACACAAUAGCUAUGAGAGGCUUGGUGGUCACAGCUAGUGGAUUAUCAAAACAACAGAAGGAGGAGAUAAAAAAGAAAGUACAUUGGAUGGGGGGACUAUACCGCACAGUGUUGACAGACGACACUACGCAUUUAGUGUCAGACACGGUUCUUUCUGACAAAUAUGUUAAAUCAGUUGAAAAAGGCAUACCAGUUAUGAAUAUAUCCUGGGUUGAAGCCGUUUGGGACACAUCACUACGUCUCAAUGUAAGCGGUAACUCGCCCGACUUCCUUGUACACCGGCUACCUCCCUUCACUAACCUUCAAGUGACUACCUCUGGCAUAACUAAGAAAGAGAAGCAGAUGAUUAUGAAACUUGUAAAUGAACAUGGCGGCUCAUUCUCUGGGGCAUUCCAGAGUGAGACUACUGAUGUUGUUGUUUUGACAAAAGAAGGUAUAGGCAGUGAGAAAUACAAAGCUGCACUGGAAUAUGGCAAGGCUAUUGUUCUACCUGCAUGGGUGAAGGACUCUGCUGAGAAGGGGGUUGCCCUACCACUGGUUAAGUAUAGAGUGGUUGGUGCAUCCACAUCGUCUCCACUCGCAGAGUCAAAACUACCUGAUAUGAGUUUAAAUUUCUCGCGGAUAACGAAUCUAAGGCCGCCAAGUAAUUUCGUGGAUGAGACCAGGUCAGCGGAUGUAUCCGUCAUGUCGGGGAAAGUCAAGUUAACACAAGAUGCUAAGAAGGGUGACACAUCUGUCGAUAAAGAAGUGGUGACUGCUUUUGAGAAUCUAGACAUGAGUCUCAUCAAGAAGGCUGGACCUAUAUUUGAUGGGUUUUGUAUCUGGGUGUCGGGGCUGGAGGGCGCGGCCCGCGAGCGCGCGGCCGCGUGCGUGUCGCGGUGCGGCGGCGUGCGCUACGACUCGGCGCACGCGCGCGUGUCGCACGCCGUGGCCGCCUCGCCCGCCGCCGCGCUCGCCGCCGCCGCCGCACUGCCGCACGUGCCCGUGCUCAGCCCGCUGUGGCUCCUGCGCAGCGUGCGCACGGGGAAGGCCCUGAGCGAGGCGCAGUUUUUAAUAGACACAAAGCCAGGCACGCCGGCCAAGUCGAGUGUCCGCAAACAGAAACUCGAGCCCGCUUCGCCCAUGAGCAAGCGGAACUUGGCACUGCUCAGACGCGGCCCGCUCGACCUGCCGCCGCCCACGCCUGACCAGAAAGCCAACACCCCAGUAGAACCACAACAGGACGAUCUCGUCAAUCAUUACCUAAGCCAAGUUGUACCUGAACCAGAAAAUGAAAAGAGUCCAGAGCCAGCCCAAAAUCGUGAAGUGACUAUGCAACAAGAGCCUCCUGACGUCACUGAAGAUAUGGGUGAUGAUCCCACUGAAGAGAUAGAACAGAUAUUUAGAGAUAUGGUGCUGGAAGUGCAAGGGCUGGACGAGGAGGCGUGGGCGGAGCUGGACGCGGAGGUGGCGGCGGCGGGCGGGCGGCUGGUGGCCGCUCCGGCCGGCGCGAGCCACGCGCUCGUGCCGCUCGACUUCGACGUCAGGGACUUGCUCACGCCUACUGCUGACGCUGUCACCGUCUUCUGGCUGAAAGACUGCCUAUCCCAGCAAGAACUAGUUCCUAUCCAGUACUACCACAGGCCGGUCCAUGUGUCGUGGACGACUGGACCGUUAGCCGGUGUCGUAGCCUCACUAAGUACAUACAGCGGCGUUGAGAGAGCUUUUCUCGACGAGCUGGCCAAGUUGUUGGGAGCCACAACUCAACUCCGCUUCUGUAGGCGGAACACCGCAAACGCCUUAGCGUCUACACACUUAAUCUGUCCGACGGCGACGGGCGACAAGUACCUGGGCGCGCUCAAGUGGGGCCUGCCCGCCGUCAGCGCCGACUGGCUGCUGGACUGCGCUCGGGAAGGGACCAGGCUCAGUGAGCUCAACUAUUUGGUUGGGGACACUAAAGCCCCCGAAAGACCAAUACAAGAAGAAGAAGAAGAAAUGCAAGAAGAAGCAGAUCCCCCUCCAUUGAUGGGAGAGGCACCAAGCAACGAGCCGACAGACGACCAAUCACACACGACGGACAAAGAGAACGCCAUGUUACCGCCCGCGGCUGGCGCCGGACCGCGCCGGGGCUCCCUGCCCAGCGCCCACAGCAGGGAACAGACCCCCAAAGGGAAGAUUAAUAACGAAGCGGAAAGUGAGAUGUCGCCCGCAUCGCGGUACAUAGCAAUGGCGCGACAAGGCCUGCUAGGAUGUGAUUCGCAGGAGACACCCAAGAGAGUCCAGGAUCUCAAGGGCGACAAGAAAGAAGGUGUUGAAUGUGCUGUAAAAACACCAACUCUUGAAGAUGCAUUGUCAACACCCAACUUGGUAGGACUUAGCCCCACCACCAGACGUCGUUUGCAAGCUGUACGAAGAGGUGAAAUGCCUUCUGAUCCAAUACGAACACCGAAUGAUCCUUUCGAGAAGAACGUGUCGACUCCGGACAGCGCGUUCGGGUGCGCGCUGCGGCCCGGCUCUGGGCGCAUGUCGCCCGAGGCCAGGAAGCGCCUCUGGAGCGUCGUGCACCAGCUGCCCAGCCGCCACCACGACCCGCCGCGCGACACACAUACGCCAUUAUCAGAAAUCCGCAAUAGAUUCCUGGCCCAAUUCAACGGAGACGCCCCCACACCCCCCUCUGAGCACCAUGUCGCACCCAGAAAACUGCAGCUACAGGAGCAAGCAGAAACUCCACCAGCGAAAAUGGCGAAGCUUUCAGAACACCAGAGUCCAGGCAGCUUUACCGCGGCGGAGCCUGCAACAGGCGGAUCGGUAUCGAGCCAGCUCCCGGCGGCCGUGGACGCGCAGCUGCAGCGGCUGAACGCGGCGCUGACGGGCCGCCACAGCUCGCAGCGCACGCGCCGCGCCCGUGACUCGCUCACCCACGUCACUCCGCCAGCGCCGGACUCUGAGCCAGCUCCAGAAUCUCAACCGAACACUGUGGGAUGGGACGACACUAGGCCCGCUCAGAACGUGGCAGUUGAACAACCACCAGAAACAAUCAAGCGAUUUAUGCUCUCGUCUAAUGUUGAUAAUCGUGAUGACAUCAUAGCCAAGAUCUCGGAGCUGGGCGGCGCGGUGUGCGAGGGCGCGGAGCUGGACCCCGAGGCCACGCACCUGCUGUGCGCGGCGCCGGGCCGCAGCGAGAAGAUGCUCGGCUCCGUGGCCGCCGGCCGCUGGGUCCUGCACCCGCUCUACGUCCUCCACAGUCACGCGCACGGAGCUUUUCUACCGGAGGAGCAGUUCGAGUGGGGCAACCCGUCGGCGACGUGCCUGCCGGCGCUGAGCGGCGCCGAGCGCACGCUGUCGCUGGCGGCGCACCGCUGGCGGGCGGCGCGCGCGGCGGGCGCGGGGGGGCCCUUCGCCGGCGUCGUGGCGCUGCUGCACGUGCCCGCGCCGCGCCGCCGCCUGCUCGCGCGCCUUGUCAGCGCCGGCGGGGGCCGAGCGCCUGACGUUGAACCGCCGUACACGCAAGACGACAUCACGGUGUGUUUCGCAGACCUGAAGCGCUACCCGCUGUCGGAGCGAGACGGCGCGUGGCUCUCGUCGCGCCGCAUCCCUGUGUGCGCGCCCGUGCUGCUCAGCGCGUUCCUCACGGACGAGCCGCCGCCCGACCCCAAGGACCACUGCUUGCCGCAGUUCAGGCCUUAA